UAAUCAACAGCGUUGUUUACAAUACCUUGUUAGUUCAGAUGUUUUGCUGGUGUUUAUCUCUUUGAGCACUUCAACAUGCUCAAUACUUUUGGGACUUCAAGUUGCUUACACUUUGAGUAGAAGGAAUAAGCAGGACAAAAUAUGAAAAGACAAAUUAUGAAUUUGUACCUAAUUUUGUCAGUGACAUCUAUUAUCGUGGUGUGUGUCAGGGGUUUGGGGAACAACAGCCCCGUCGGCGACGAUGAUCCCAAUGUAGCCAAAGCACAGGAUAUGGUCCAACUGAAAAUCCAAGACUACUAUCCUGGAGCACAAGUUCUCUUCGAUACAUUCAAUACUCGAAAACAGGUUGUAAACGGUAUUCGAUACAAUCUGAGUUUUGAUGCAUUCUGGGAUGGUACUAAAUACAAUCAGAAGAAGGGUAAAUUACAGUGUACGAGUGCUGUCGUCCAAAAGCCUGGCAAAACUAAUCUCCAGUUUGUCCAAGAAUACGGGAAAACUAAUGUCAUAAAUUGUCAAUAAAAACUAUCUUCAUGAU